CAGAAAAACGCACUUUGCACUGCAUGAACUACAGCCAAGCAAAUAAUCAAAAUAGGCGACAUUUUGCAGUCAAAUUGACUCAUGUUUCGUUUUUAUACCGGUUAAGUAAUUUGACGACGCUCCCAUAUCACCACUCGCAGUGACCUUUACCCCCUAGACGUGUGCUUGUUGUUGUUGCCUUGUAGCAUGCAGCGGGUGAUAACAGUCAGACUGUGCACACUUGGACAGAGUCACGUUAUUAAGAAAGUCCUCACACAGUCGCCCAGGUUUGUGUCUCAUCGAAACAUGUCGUCGUCUCCAACUAAACGACCGGUUUCUUUACUGGGAACUAUGGCCUUCGGUGGACGAGCCGACGCCGAGCAGAGCCUGGAGAUGGUGAAGGCUUUCGUGGACCGGGGACACAGCCGGGUGGACACAGCCUUCAUGUAUAUGGAUGGGAAGUCAGAGACGGUCAUUGGGGGCAUGAAUCUCCCCAAGACAGUAAGCUUAGCGACCAAGGCCAACCCCUGGGACGGGAAGACGCUGAAGCCAGAGAGUGUUCGCUCUCAGCUGGAAACCUCCCUGCAGAGGCUGAAGACUGAUUGUGUGGACCUUUUCUACCUCCAUGCCCCCGACCACCAGAACCCAAUCCAGGAUACCCUGAGGGCCUGCAAUGAACUCCACAAAGAGGGAAAAUUCAAGGAGUUUGGUCUUUCAAACUAUGCAUCGUGGGAAGUGUCUGAAAUUGCCACCAUCUGUAGACACAACAACUGGCUUGUUCCCACUGUGUAUCAGGGGAUGUACAAUGCCACUACAAGACAGGUAGAGACCGAGCUGCUGCCAUGCCUGAGACACUAUGGAAUGAGAUUCUACGCAUACAAUCCUCUAGCAGGUGGACUGCUGACAGGAAAGUACCAUUACCAAGACAAAGAUGGUUCCCAGCCUGCAGGACGGUUCUUUGGUAACAACUGGGCUGCAGCAUACAGGGACAGAUACUGGAAGCAGAGUCACUUUGAGGCAAUUGAAUUGGUACUAAAGGCCUUGGAGACGGCGUACGGCUCAGAGAAACCCACCAUGACUUCUGCUGCCAUGCGCUGGAUGUACCACCACUCCCAACUUAAGGGGGAUCUUGGUGAUGGAGUUAUCAUUGGCAUGUCAACUAUGGAGCAACUGCAGCAAAACUUGGCUGCUGCAGAGGAGGGUCCUCUAGAUGAGAGAGUGGUCGCCUCCUUCAAUGAGGCCUGGAAUCUCGUAGCCCACGAGUGUCCAAACUACUUCCGCUAAAAUGCCUAAAUCUGUCAUUUCAAUCAAAUUUCAUCCAAGUUAUCAUAAUGAUAGCUGCUACAG